CUGCUGAUUGUGUUGUUGGGUCGGUCGGUCGCUAGCUCCCCUCGGGUCGUUUUGCUUCACUCUACGAGAGGAUAAGAGGCGGACACACAAGGAACUCGUCGACACACUGACCGGAGCGGGGCUGAGAAUCUGAUUGCGCUGUUCUCAGCAGAAGAGAUCGGGCGUAAGCUCCGCUUGAGCGGAUUUGGACGUCGAACUACCUCGGCAUUCGAGAGAUCUCGGAAUCGCGGUUGUUUGAGCCCAAGGCCGUCGUUACAACUAUGGAUGUUUUUGUUAUGGUCCGACGGAAGCAAACCACGAUCUUCAUUGAUGCGAAGGAAUCGACGACAAUUUUGGAGCUCAAGAAGAUGAUCCAGGGCAUCUUGAAGGUUGCACCAGAAGAACAACAAUUGUUCCACAACGAAACUCUGCUCGAAGAAAACAAGAGCCUCGUCGAUUGCGGACUGAAUACUAACACGGCCAGAGCGCAGUCUCCAGCCACUAUCGGAUUGGCGAUCGGCAAGGAACCUCUGGAAAUAACGCAACUCUCCUUACCGCCGGAGCUUCCCGACGUAAUGAAGGGACAAGACUCCGCUGUAGAUCCCGCUUGUGCUUAGAGAGACUCGGAGCAGUCUUUUACUAAUCGUGCCGUGAAGAAUGUUUCAUCCGCUGAAGGAAGGAGUGUACCGAACUUGUGCGGCAGGUGGUCGAAUUCGAGUAAGGAUGGAGUUUCACAUUAUGCUUGGAGAGCUCAUCGAUUCUCUAUGAGUGUUGCUCUCGUUGACAUUGUAAUUUAAUGUGUAAAGGUAUUUUCAUGUACAUCGAAUAAAGCACCCAUCCUACCGUCAAU